CAGGAGCUGGGCUUAAGAAAGAGGCAGGUGGGCUGACUGGCAGACAGGGGAAUGGACAAAGGGGACUAGGCUGGGCAAAAGGAAUGAAAGUUACCAAACAGGGUGAGCCAUCGGCAGUGGUUGCCAACAUACGGAGUGGGUAGCUGCGAAGCUUGUGCUUCUCUGUGGCGAUUACAUCUCAGCACCACCUCCCUAGGCCGUGUGGUGUCUAAAACUGGGGGUAGCCCAAUGUCUAGAAUAAGCAGCUCUUUUCUUGCUGAAAUGACGUAUCGAGCAACCAAAGACGACUUGAUUCCAUGAAGUAGUUUACAGGCUGAAUUCAUAUGCAUGAAGAGACAGAAAAAGGAGGAGGGACUGAGAGCAGAGCAUCAGUGAGCAUGUAGAAGUGUGCAGAAGAAUGAAGAGAAGACUGGUGGAGAAGGAGCUCAAAGAUCUCAAGUGACUGAUGAAGAGGGUGUUGGUGGGAACCUGGGACCACCCUCUACUCCGGGUUGCAGCCCAGGGCCCUGUGGAUCGCAGCUGUCUACAGUGUUUCCUCACCGCAGGACCUUCCUCCUGAUGACACUUGUACUCCUCAGUCCUCCAGCAGUGUACAAUGACUAAUGACCGAAGAGUGGCCCUGGAAUACUUGAGCAUAUGGAAAGAGGCAUCAAUUUUCUUGGCAAACAAUUUAGUGCCUUUGAAGGGGGAGGUCCUCCAAUGUUGUCUGUACUUCCUUAGGGAAGUGAGGAGCCUGAUUCUGAAUUCACAGUUUCUCAGACAGUAGAGGUGCUGAGCAACUCCUAUUGAAGUAAUUCAGAGUUGAGACUACUCAAGAGGCUGUCAUGAAGUGCUCAGCAUCUCAGAAGAUGAGGACGUAGGUGAAUAAAACCAGAUUCUGUUUCAUUAUGGACAAGAAAAUUGGUUACAGUUAUCUGUUUUGAUGGAGAGAGGCUGCUUGGAGUUUGAAAACAAGAGCUCUAACAGAAAUGGUUUAUGUGGAUGAAAUUGAUAUAGAUCAGGAGGGAAUAGCAGAGAUGAUGCUUGAUGAAAAUGCCAUUGCUCAAGUUGCACGCCCAGGAACUUCUUUGAAACUCCCUGGAACCAGUCAAGGUGGAGGUCCCAGUCCAGCUGUUAGGCCAGUGACUCAGUCAGGAAGACCUGUUACAGGGUUUGUGCGACCCAGCACACAAAGUGGACGACCAGGCACUAUGGAACAGGCUAUAAGAACUCCCAGAACCGCUCAUACUGCUCGCCCAAUUACUAGUGCUUCUGGAAGAUACGUCAGACUAGGAACGGCCUCUAUGCUCACAAAUCCUGAAGGUCCUUUCAUAAACCUGUCUAGAUUGAAUUUAGCAAAAUAUGCUCAAAAACCAAAGUUAGCAAAGGCAUUGUUCGAAUACAUUUUUCACCAUGAAAAUGACGUUAAGAAUGCUUUAGAUUUGGCAGCACUUGCCACAGAGCAUGCACAGUACAAGGACUGGUGGUGGAAAGCCCAAAUUGGGAAAUGCUACUAUAGGUUAGGAUUGUACCGUGAAGCAGAAAAACAAUUUAAAUCAGCUCUCAAGCAGCAGGACAUGGUAGAUACAAUACUGUAUUUAGCAAAAGUGUAUUUUCGGUUGGAUCAGCCUUUGACAGCUUUACAUCUUUUCAAGCAAGGAUUAGCUAGAUUUCCUGGAGAAGUGACCCUUCUUUGUGGGAUUGCCAGAAUCUAUGAGGAAAUGAAUAACAUCUCCUUAGCUGCAGAAUACUACAGAGAAGUCUUAAAACAAGAUAACACUCAUGUGGAAGCCAUUGCAUGCAUUGGCAGUAACCACUUUUAUUCAGACCAACCUGAAAUAGCUUUGCGGUUUUACAGACGUCUCCUGCAGAUGGGUGUUUAUAACUGCCAGCUAUUUAACAAUCUGGGCCUCUGUUGCUUCUAUGCCCAGCAGUAUGAUAUGACACUGACCUCCCUUGAACGUGCACUUUCUUUGGCUGAAAAUGAGGAGGAGGCAGCAGAUGUUUGGUACAACUUGGGGCAUGUGGCUGUGGGAAUAGGUGACCUGAACUUGGCUUACCAGUGUUUCAAGCUGACCCUAGCCAAUAAUAAUGACCAUGCAGAAGCUUAUAACAACUUGGCUGUGCUGGAGAUACGAAGGGGUCACAUUGAGCAGGCAAGAGCAUUGCUGCAGACUGCUUCAUCUUUAGCACCUCAUAUGUAUGAGCCCCAUUUCAAUUUUGCAGCACUCUCCGACCAGGUUGGAGAUCUCCAGAGGAGUUUUAUAGCUGCUCAGAAGUCAAAGGAAGCAUUUCCAGGUCAUGUUGAUACACAACAGCUCAUCAAACAGUUAAAACAGCACUUCGCCAUGCUUUGAUACCAUAUUUCUGUCAUGUAAAAUAGUUCAAAUGAUUUUACAGAGAUACUAUAAAAUACAUUUUACAAAAUAAUAGCUGAGAAUCAAAUAGGAACAAACCCUCCUUAUUAAAAGGCCUGUGUUUGGUUUGGGUAGCAGGAAAAGUUUAAAAAAUUCUGAACUGACUUGUAACAUAAUAUGCAAGACAUUUUUUACAUUUGGCUAGAACAACAUUGUAAUUAUUUCUGAGUAAAGAAUAAGAUAUUGCAACUCUGAUAAUAGUGUCAGACAAUUCUCCAUUUAAUAUUCAGGAAGCAUUUAAAAGAUUUUUUCCUGACUUUUUGGCAAGUUUUUAAUGUUCUUCUUUGACAGUGCAGCAUUGAGGCAAAAAGGUUUCAUGUCUGUCUUUCAAGCAUGGCUUUUGAUACUGUACAUUCUUACUGAUUAGUUUGUGUAUUAAGUUCUUAUGAGUACAGUUUAUGAAUAAAUUCCUUGUUAUAUGAAGCAAAAUUAUAUAUUUUCCUUUAUAUUCUGUUGAUAUAAAAUAAAUUGUUUUAUUUGUU